AUGGACUCUGUGAGCCAUCAGGGUAGAGAGGACCUGCUAGCUCUGAAUCCCCCUUCUUUGCCAUUUUUAAAGAAUGCCAUGCCACUCCAAAAAGAACUACAGCCAUUACCUCUGGUCUCACUUUCCUGGCUCCUACCAAGUCUGUUUGCCGCCUUCAAUGUAGUGCUGCUGGUCAUUUUCAGUGGCCUCUUCUUUGCAUUCCCUUGCAGGUGGCUGGCUCAGAACGGGCAGUGGGCCUUUCCCAUGGUCACAGGUCUCCUCUUCAUUCUUACCUUCUUCAGUCUCAUUUUACUCAACUUCUCAGACCCUGGUAUCUUACAUCAAGGCUCCAGUGAGCAGAGCCCCAUGAGGGUGCAUGUUGUAUGGCUGAACCACAGGGCCUUCCGCCUACAGUGGUGCUCAAAGUGCUGCUUCCACCGCCCACCCCGGACCUACCACUGUCCCUGGUGCAACAUCUGUGUGGAGGACUUUGAUCACCAUUGCAAGUGGGUCAAUAACUGCAUCGGUCACCGCAACUUCCGCUUUUUCAUGCUGCUCAUCCUGUCCCUCUGCCUGUACUCUGGCUCUUUGUUGGUUACCUGCCUGAUGUUCCUGGUUCGCACAAGCCAUUUGCCCUUCUCCAUAGACAAGGCCAUGGCCAUCCUUGUGGCAGUGCCUGCUGCGGGCUUCCUGAUGCCACUCUUCCUGCUGCUUCUGAUCCAGGCCAUGUCGGUGAGCACAGCAGAGCGUCCCUACGAAGGCAAGUGCAGAUAUCUUCAGGGAUACAACCCCUUUGACCAGGGCUGUGCUAACAACUGGUAUUUAACAAUUUGUGCACCACUGGGACCCAAGUACAUGUCUGAAGCUAUCUUGCUGCAGAGAAUGGUGGGGCCUGACUGGGUGCCUGAGCCCAACUUGCACUUCCCAACAUGUUCCUCUGCACAUUGUCCCUCAGGCCUCCCUGGGCCUCAGCUCCAAUCUCUGGGUCUCUACACACCAGGGAAGGGACCCCCUGGGAGUGGUGAAGCUUCAGCUCUCCAGGAGGUAAGAAAAGGCACCACUGGGAGAGGAGCAUCUGAAGAGGCGCUCCCAGAGCUGGAGAAUGAUGUGGAUGAGCUCCUGGACAUGGGGAGCUGCCAGGGUCAAGGAGCUGCUGGCUGGUACAAACUCACUGAGGCCUUCAUCUCUGGCCUGCUGGACAUGAUCCGGGUCAUACAGAAACUGGGCACCCCCCAGAAGAAGGGUCCUGACCCAAGUGACCCGUGUCUCCCACAGGACAAUCGUUGCCCCCUGACCUCUUAG